CUUCUCUGUGCCUGGAGCCCAGUGUCUGUCCCAGGCUCCAGCUGGCGACGCUCGGCCUCGCGCAGGACGUGUUGACGUCGCACAUGAUGGCGCGUUCCGCGAGGUCUGCGAGGAGUAGCACAGAGGCUCAUGGUUACACGUGAUUGGAAGUGGGAGUAGUUGGACCUUAGGCCGCUGGUCUUUCAUUUCCAGGUGGGAGGCAGCUGGUGGAGGCGGAGGCUGCAGCCCAGAAGGCCAGGAGGGACUUGGGGGAGAUAGUGACUCAGCGCGGUCGGCAAGGAGGCAGCCUGCACCUGGCAUCUGCACCUGCACCUGCGUGACAUGCACGGCAGCCUCCUCCGGACUGGACACUUCCUGGAGAGCAGGUGGAGACUAUCUCAGAAUAUUUCUCCUCUUGAUGUUAUUUUUGCCCUGAUAUUGAAAGCCACUCACUCUAACUGAAGAAAGUAAUAUGUGUGGUGAAAGAAUUAAAAAUUUGGGAUGCAGAAAAUAGAUUGCCUGUUUCAAGGUGGAAGAAUCUAUCAGAAGAUAUGCAGCUGCUCAAAAACCCUUACUGACAGUGAUCACUACAAACUUGAGGAACAAUAUUGGAGGGGAUCCAGAAAGUCAUCAUGGACCUUAUGGAUGAGUUUAAAGAUGAAUUCCCUACCAUCCUAAGAUUAUCACAGUCUAAUCAGAAAAGAGAACCCAUGCAGAGAACGUCCAAAAUCAGAAUGGCUGUCGCCUUAGCAAGGAUCAACCGAGGAACAUUGAUUCAAGGAUUAAACACCAUAUCCAGAUCCUCCAAAUCAGUGGCCAAACUUCUGCAUCCCCAGCUUGCUUGUAGACUUCUAGAGUUAAGGAACAUAUCGCAUCGUUUGCUGAGGGAAGUUAAUGCACCAAAACAACCCCUCUAUAACGUGCAGGUCAGAAGGGGUUCUUUGUUUGAAAUAAUUUCUUUUCCGGCAAAGACUGCUUUAACUAGCAUAAUAUGUGCUUCAUAUGCAGCACUAAUUUAUCUGACUGUCUGUGUUAAUGCUGUGUUGGAGAAGGUAAAGAAAAUUUUCCAAGAAGAAGAAUCCAUAAGGCAAAAGAGAGAAGAGAGUGAAAAUCUUAGAAAAGCCUUUUCUGAGCCUGUGCUUUCUGAGCCUACCUUUCCUGAAGGUGAAAUCAAAGCAAAACCUUACAGGUCAUUACCAGAGAAACCAGACAAUAUUGCAGAUUGCCCCAAACUUCCUGCUAAUAAGUUGAAUAAUAAGAUCCAGGUUUUACAUUCUGUGUUUGACCAAUCAGCUGAAAUGAAUGAAUGAGCAAAUUGGAACAUAAGUAUUACUGAGUGGAGCUUGAGAGUUAUUAUCUAAUCGCAUUUCAUCUCACAAAACCAGGAAACUAGUUUUCAUAUAUUGACUGCUCUGCUUUAAAAUGUCACUCUCAAGUAUUUAUAUGAUAGAGAAAAUAAAGUGAAUCUUGAUGUAAAAGUAUGACUAUGAUAUUUUUUAAUGAACAAGAAAGUGUACCCUUUGGAGGGUUAGACUUUAUGCUAUCAUUUAUAACAUGGGCAUAUUUAUAAUACAUUUAUGUUUUUAUUAAAACCUAUUUCAAGUACCUUUCCAUUAUAGUUGGCCCUUGAACAUGGGUUUGAAUAGUGCAGAUCCACUUAUAAGCAGAUCUUUUUUGAUAAAUGAAUUAUAGUACUGGAAAUGUAUAUUCGCUUGCUUAUGAUUUUACAUAGAACAUUCAAAAUAUGUGUUAACUGUGUAUAUAAUCAAGUCAGGCUUCCAGUCAACAGUAGACUAUUAGUAGUUAAGUUUUGGGGGAGCCCAAAGUUAUAUGUGGAUUUCCAACUGUGUGUGCGGUUGGCAUCCCACCCCCCUGCAAUGUUCAAGGGUCAACUGUAUUCAUCUGGGGGAAAAGUACCUCCAUAUCAAAAUGCUACAUAUCUUUUUCAGAGAUAAUAAAAGGAUAUUUAUUUUCUAUCAACAGGCUGCAUAGUUUGAAUCUGCCUUUUAUCGAUCCUUUUUAAAACUCAUCUGUAAAGUUAUGAAGGAUUUGUAAUUCACAGACAUAAUACAUUUUAAAACAAAAUAUUAUUUACAAAUCCUAUAAGAGAGUUCUGUAAGUGAGGGUAGGAUAUGACAUGACAUUUUUUAUUUCCAGAUCUGAAGGAACACAUUUAGAACCAGAAAUCAAGUCCAUAUUCCUCAUUAUUGCCACUGUGUCCUGAGAGAAAAUGCUUCUGUAACUGGCCAGCAAAUGAGGGCAAUCGUUUUGCCUGCAGAAGGCAGGCAAAAAACUUUGGUUUCUUCCACAUGUCUUAAAUUCUGGACACGUGUUAAGGCCUGACUGGUCAUUGGAGUGUUAGCCCCUGAGAUAAUUGGCUAGGAUUUACCCAUCGAGUGAUGGUACAUUUCCUGUACCAGGUAAAUAGCUACUGCCAGAAAAGUAUUUAUAAAAAUCAAACCUUGGGUUUUCAGUAGUCUGAGAAAUGAGUAACAAGUGUAUCGCUUCAUGUUACUCAUAUUCCAUCAGAAAAGGAAAUGUAAUAAUGUGUAGACCCUUAAUGAUAGGUACUUAAUUCAUUUAUUAUUUAUACAAUAACCAAGGAAAGGAGUCCAGGUGGUUCCCCUAGAAUGUUCAGUAUUAGGUUUGGGGCUUUAAUUAAAACCUAGGCCAUUAAGAAGAUUACUGUGCUUAGAGAAAAAGUUCCAAUUUUGACAGUUUUUUGCACUCUGAAUUCAUAAUGUGAUCAUCUGGUUCUGAUUCUACUUCUUAUUUUCUACUAUUUGCUGCCAAGUUUUAGAUGGUGAGCACCCAAAGUGUUACAGUACGGUGUGGGCACCAGGCAACCAGAAUAGUGCUGUUCGUAAAUAACAGGCCUGUGAAAGCAGGGUGGGCCGACUUCGCAUCCACCCUGCCUGUGAACUCAGCAGGAAGGACUGAGGAACAACACCCUCUAUCUCUGCUCUGUAACAGUUACAUAAAACACUUAGUUCUACACACAUCACAACAUUCUCAAAAACAAAGCAAAACAAAAACAAACCUUUGCUUGAAAAUUUCACAUGGGACAUUCAAAGCACAUUGGCUCACUGUGUAAGAGACUUCACAUCUCUCAUGGCUGGACAGCAGCUGUGUGUGUCUUCCUUGCUUGUGAGAGUGUUUGCUUUGGCCUGAGAGAAACUGAGCCAAGAUUUAUUUGGUUUCGAUGUGCAGUACCGGAAGAUUAAGGAGUGCACUUGCAGUGAGCACCAGGUGUUCUAUGGAAAUGUCGAAUAAGUGUCUUAUGAAGACAUUGUAAAGUGUCUUAUGAAGCAUUGUAAAUUGAUCCCAUUUUGGAGGCAGCAUUUUAAGUGUCAAAAGUCUGCUAUAUAUUUGGAAAAACUGAAUAAUUGAGAUUGAAGCAUCUCAGUGUAUUUAAAUUUUACCUAUAAAAAGUAAGAAUAACAACCAAAUGGGGCAGAGGUGGAGAGUGUGUCCAGCCAGUGAAACAAGAAUACGAGAAUAGAAGAAUGGAAGAAUACUGAUAAUUGUUGAAGUGGGUGAUGAGAAUUUAUUAUGCUACUCUGUUUAGUUUGUAUAUAUUAAAACUUUUGCAUGAUAAAGUCUGCUACAUCAAAAUAGGGAUUACCCCCAUAUUUCUUAUUAAAUUUAAUUUUCUACCUUUUCUUCAUUGUGGUUAUUGCAAAUAUUUCCACCCUUCUUAAAAUGCACAUUCCAAACCUAUAGCCUUCAGGUUCCAGUCAAUCCAGAGGACUGGAUGAAAUGUAUUUUAUAUAUCCUGAUAAUCCUUACAUCACAGUAAAUAUGUAUAAUUUUGAACUGUUCAGCUUUAUAUGAUUUUUAAAGAUAAG